UCGGGUCAAAGGUAGCUACUAGCUAGUUAGCUUUCCAAGGACGAAACAUGGCAUCGUCGUCUAAGAAGGUUUUUGAGGUGUUUGUGUCUAAAAUACCAUGGACCAUUGCAAGCAAGGACAUGAAGGAGUACUUUGGGCAGUUUGGGCAAGUCAAGAAAUGCCUACUUCCUUUUGACAAGGAGACAGGAUUCCACAGAGGCUUCUGCUGGAUCGGCUAUACAUCCGAGGAAGGCCUGCACAAUGCUCUCCAGAAAGACCAACACAUGCUGGAGGGAGCCACGCUUCAAGUUCAAAGAAACAGAAAAGUGUUUGCGGGACAGAAAACAAACAAAGAGGAGGGACGCUGAAGGGUGUGCGUUUGUACCAUGUUUGUAUAUAUGAGAGGGUGUAUUAAAUACCUUUAAACAGAACUGGGCCAUUCAACAUUCAUUUUUGUUUUUUCAUAGUACGAAGUCUUCAUAUUUUAUUGUAAUUUGUUUAAAGAAAGAAACAUGAUUACUGUGUCUGUUUUGCAUGUUGACAAAAUUGAUGAAGGGAGAAGUGCGUUUCUUCUGGCACCCUUUCAGUAACUGCAUAUUAAGACAGGUGAGAUGAUGAUGAUGGCAGGAUAUUGGAUCUCUGUUAUUGUGCUUCUCAUGAUUAUUGAUGGCUGCUUUACACAACCUUUGCAUCUGUAUUAAUCUAUGAGUAGGCUUAUCACUUUUCUCAAAGUCAGGCAUCACCAUUCACAUAAUAAAAUGACUGAUUUACAACUUA